AGAGUCGGAGUCAUGCGCGGUUGAGUCGGGGCUCGCGACAGUACGUACUAUGCAACUAUGUUGCGUCGAAGCUAUUCCGGAAAAUAGAAGCGCUAUAUUUUGUAUGAUUUAGCAACAGUAACAUUUGAGUUAUAUCGUCCAGUGAUUUGCAGGUCUAGACAGAGAGAAACGUCAAAUGAAGACGUUGUCUGGGGAGGAUGCACAUCGCUGUCAGUGUCAUUGGAUGUGGUGGAGUGUUUUUAAUUUAACCAUCAUCAUUCCGGAACGACAUCUACAAUAGCAACUUUUCACAAUGAGGCUGUUUACGGUUUUAUUGAAAAACACAAAAAAAAUUGAAUAUUAUUCAAGAUUUUCACCGUCGCCUCUCUCCAUCAAGCAAUUUUUGGAAUUUGGUAAGUAGCCUAGACUAGGCCUACACUGUCUUUGUGAUGGGCUGUCACUGUCAAUGUGUUUUAAUUUUAGGCUGUUGUCUAUUAUUCUGUAAUAUUAAUGAAAUCCUGACGAACAAAAAUAAGGCAAUGUGAAUCUCUGAAGGUGAACAUCCUUGGAAGUGUUGUUUUUAUUCCCUUGAAUACUGUCAAAAUGAUUUUCUAGACGUUUUUCAAGAAGUAAAUGCUGAGUAUAGGUUAGUAACAUGCUCCACUAUGUGAUUUCUGCUAAAUCAUCAGUUUCUGACUGCUAAGUAACAAUUUAGUUAAUGAAGUCAAAAGGAAAGAGUUCUGUUUCUUUCUCCCUAUCUCUCUAUAUCUCUCCCUCUCUUUCAUAAAGAUAGAUAGGCUACACUCACAGGUGUACAGAGGGCUGUUUAUUACUAGUUGAACAGGUCUACAGUAAUAACAGCUCAUGUCUUGUUGUGUCACUGGAACAGUUAAUAAUCCUGUUUGUGUGUGUGUGCGGUACAUCCGUGUGUGCCUACUUGCCUGCGUAACUGUCUGCCUAUUUUCUGACUGUGUUCAGCCUCUUUGCCUAUUUGAGCUUUUCUUAUCAAAUUAGCCCGCUUCGGCCCAGCAUUAGUCGCCUUGGGCACCUCUCCCUGGAGGUUAAACAAACAUUACUCAUUGCUGUUUCAGAACACACAUUGAAGUCUCUAUGGAUAGACUGUAUGUAAGUGAGAGAGAGUGAAAGAAAGAUGCUGGGACGUGCCUAUAGUCAAACACACAGCAGCUCCGGUAUUUCCAGCAUUGAUCUCAUUGUAACCGUGGUGGGAUGUCCAGUUGUUCACAUCAGUAUGUCACAGAGGGGUGUCCAGGGGCGGCCUGUUCAAUAGGGCGAUAUGGGCGACGCACUGCCAAACGGGAAAAGGAAGGGAUUUUUUUUCUAAUCAAUUAUAUCACGGCAACAGUAGUUAUCAGUGUUGUAAUCUAUACGUCUGAUCUGCCACAGUGCCACACUGCCACUAAAUGUCGAAUCAGGCUAAAGUCGUGCUUCAAAUGGCUCCCCCCCCCUUUUGGGGCGAUUUCAGUCAGGUUGAAAAUCGCCCAGAAGUCUGUCAUAGACUCCCAUGUAAAAUCUAUUUUUUUCAAAUUUCAGAGCCUUCAAUACAAUCUCAAUGGGUGUCUGUGGGCUUGCACUUACGCGCUUUCGUCAUACGUUACGUAACCAUGAACGUAACUGAGAAAAGAGCGGAUUGUUUGAAAGAAGUUCCUUUUUGUCGGCGAACAAAUGAAGAUAAAUUGGCAACGAAACAAUUAGGACCUCCCAGACCAAAUUUAAUAAUUCAACAGGUUUCUACUAAAGGCGGAAAGUCCUACACCCGAGGAUUUUCCAAAAAUUGGUACGAACGAAAAAAGACAUUGCCACUCACUCAACUGGAUGAGGGAUACAGGCUAGCUGUCCGCCGCCACAACGAUGAGGUUAGUGUUGAUAAUCACAAGUUUACUGGAGAACUGAGACCAAGUAGAGACUUUGGACAGGGUGGAUAUGGUAUAAUAAAGGCAGUUUAUUCAGAGGUAAAGAUAUCUGGAAUCGCGUUCACGGACCCGUUCGUCAAACUCUUAGGGAGCUAUAAAUUAAGCCCCAUUACUUACCAUAUCAGAUAAGAGAAAUUGCUGCAGCUACAUAUAUUUUACAUCCUGGCCCUACAUAGUUCACUAUUUGCAUCACUUACCAAAAUAUUACAUGUGGUCAUAUAUGCUUGGAAAGUGGAGAUGCCAUAGAACGUCAAAAAAGUAAACAUUGCUGGAGACACAUUGCCGUUUUGGAGAAGACAUCGCGUUUGCUAGCGAAGAGAUUUGUUGUGGCAAAUGAACUUGGGCUGGGAAUUGCCAGGAACCUCACGAUAAGAUAUAUGCAUCAGCAUUGCGAGUCUCAUGAUUCUAUACGUAUUGCGAUUCGAUACUGUGAUUUUAUUGCGCACCAUAUGUCUGUUGCAGAGGGAUCAGAAAGCCAUGAGAACGAGUUUUGAUCAGUCAUGGAAAUAAAAGUGCUGAAAACAAAUUGGCUCCCAAUGUGAAAAGAUUGAGAACAAGCUAUGAAGGAACAAUAAUGGUGUUUUGGUGCAGGUACAGCCAACUAGCGCUAAAAUAUUGCGAUAUUGUCAAUACAGUAUAUCGUAAAGUAUCACUAUGUAACUCGAUUUCUUUCACCCCAAUCCCUCAAAUUAACGGUAAAUAACUGAAUUGUUUGCCCCACAUUUAGCUAAGAUGAUUAGCUAGCCAGCUAAAAUGUUUUAUUUAGUUAGCAGUCGCAUCUACAAUAGUUUACUGUCAAUAACAUGUCUCCAAAAAUGACGUGGUGUCUCCAAUUGUGUUGACAUUUUACAAUUGCGAUGCGCAUCCAUGAGUAUCCACUUUCUGUAGCUCAGCUGGUAGAGCAUGGUGCUUGUAACGCCAAGGUAGUGGGUUCGAUCCCCGGGACCACCCAUACACAAAAAUGUAUGCACGCAUGACUGUAAGUCGCUUUGGAUAAAAGUGUCUGCUAAAUGGCAUAUUAUUAUUAUUAUUAUUAUUAUUAUUAUUAUCUGAAGAGAGCCCCGAAACAUUGUGUGCAGACAUUUUAUGCAAUAAAUGAAGUAGGUUGAAUCUAGUAGUUCUGAUCUUCUGAUUGGUCCUGAUGAGUUGGGCGAGGUCCCCUCCAGGCUACUGUCACUGUUGCAUUGGCUCUGAGUCGGGUUCUCUGUCUUCAAAUGUUCAGCCUAAGAGAGGGGAUUUUUGUGUGUGUGUGUGUGUGUGUGUUUAACAGUGAUGAUGUGUGUGUGUGUGUGUGUGUGUGUUUAACAGUGAUGAUGUGUGUGUGUGUGUGUUUGUGUGUGUGUGUGUCCUCAGAGCAAGAACUCGUGAGUUGGAAGAACUGAGAGGCCUAUGGCGUGGGUGUUGUCCUUGGCCACCUGCUGACAAGGCUGACAAGAUAGGACCCUUUUGUCCAUUGUUAUUGGAUAGGAACAGAACUUAUAACCAGCUCCUGACCUAAAUAGAUCUUAGCACAACAUUUUACUCAACAUAUCAUAUUCCAUAUUCACUAUAACAAAUAUAUUUACUACGACAUUAGCAAGAACCGCCACAUCCUCAGCCGGCUAAUCCAGUGUGUGAAGUUUUGCGGAGUGUUUGAGUUAGCUUUGCGAGGCAAAGAUGAAACUGAGGGCUCCACCAACCCUGGUAAGCCAACACUUUUGAGAUCAGUCAAUAAAUGCUUCUGGUAUUGACUUAUAUGCUGCCCCUGUCUUCAUGUUGUUGCUGGACAUAUCUUUUUUAAAAUGUGUGUAGGUCACCUAAAUCAUCAGAAAAAUUGCCCCUCCUGAGAAUUUUUUCAGGAGCCGCCACUGGGGGUGUCUUAUGGUAGAAUGCCAUUUGCUUUUUAGAGUGCAUUUCCCAGUCAACUUUUAAAAGACUCCCUCGCUUCCCCUCCCACCUCCUCCUCUAGGUCGGGACAAUGCGUGUGAGAAGACGUCCUUUAUGUUCCUGAGGAAGGAGCUGCCGGUGAGGCUGGCUAACACCAUGAGAGAGGUCAACCUGCUGCCUGAUAACCUUCUCAGUCAGCCCUCAAUCAAACUGGUGCAGAAAUGGUGAGACAUUAGCCAGUCUGUUUGUGCUAUCAUGCCAACCCCUUGUCACUUAUUGUCAUGCCAUACACUUGACGAUGAGCAAAGGAGUUGGAAAAAGCACAAACAGAUCUGGGAUCAGGAUAGUGAGACAUGAGUCAUAACACAUAAACAUGCCAGUGACAUCAGCACAAACAUGCAAUUUACAUACCCCAAACUUAUUGAAUGAACUCUGUGGGUAUGCGGUGUGUGUGUGUGUGUGUGUGUGUGUGUCUGUCUGUGUGUGUUUUCCCCUCAGGUACAUGCAGAGUUUUGUGGAGCUGUUGGGGUAUGAGAACAGAAAACCAGAGGACCCUCAGGCCCUCAAUGAGUGAGUAUGGAGGACAAUGUUUUUUUCUAGAUGUUUUAUUCCUUGUUGGUUCAACAGAUCAAUCAGCUGAUGUUGAACUAAAGACAACAGGGAGGUAGAAUAGUGUGAGAACCUGAGAGGGGGAUGAGUGGAGCUAUGAAGAGGUGGAGGGGUAGACGUAGCUUACUGCUAACCGCCUGUGUCCUUGUCUUCAAACUCACCUGAUGCUAAACUCCUGGACUUACAUGUCCAGAUAAUAUAUUUAUAUUUAUACCAUAAUAGUGUUCACACCAUGUGAGAGCGAUUUAGAUAGGAACCACUGAUAACAACCCCAGCUGACAACUGAGGUAUUUUAUUACCACCUCCCUUUUUCUCCUCUGCCAUCUCCUCCUUUCUCUCCAUCUCUCUCUCAGUUUCCUUGAGUUGUUGAUAGAGAUCCGUAACCGUCAUAAUGACGUGGUCCCUACCAUGGCCCAGGGAGUGAUAGAGUAUAAGGAGAAGUUUGGCUUCGACCCCUUCAUCAGCAGUAACAUACAGUACUUUCUGGACCGCUUCUACACCAACCGCAUAUCCUUCCGAAUGCUCAUCAACCAACACAGUGAGAGCACACACACACACAGAUGUGUAUAUACACACACACACACACACAAUACACUCUGACACACAUUUACAACACAUUAAUACACACGUCCACUGGACGAUGUUUAAGAUAUGUGGACUGUGUGUGUGUGUAAAGGUGUUAUGUCUUUGUUGGAGCUAUGGUAUCCAUAAUGUUCAUGUCUGUCUCCUCAGCUCUCCUGUUCGGGAACGACACUAACCCAGCCCACCCCAAACAUAUCGGCAGCAUAGACCCCACCUGCAGCGUGGCUGAGGUAGUCAAAGGUGAGGGGUGUGUCUUUGUCUCACUCACUGUGUUUUUCAGAAGCAGUGGUAACAAAUCAAAUUGUAUUUGUCACAUGCUUGGUAAACAACAGGUGUAGACUAACAGUGAAAUGCUUACUUCCGGGUCCUUUCCAACAAUGCAGACGGAAAGAACAUAGAGAAAUAAUAGAAAGGUAAAAUACGUCAUAAUAGAUACACAAUGAGUAAUGAUAACUUGGCAAAUACAAGGGGGUACCAGUACCGAGUCCAUGUACAGUGGUACGAGGUAAUUGAGGUAGAUACACUAUAUAUACAUAAGUAUGUGAACACCCCUACAAAUUAGUGGAGUCAGCUUUUUCAGCCACACCCGUUGCUGACAGGUGUAUAAAAUCGUGCACACAGCCAUGCAAUCUCCACAGACAAACAUUGGCAGUAGAAUGGCCUUACUUGAGAGCUCAGUGACUUUCAACGUGGCACUGUCAUAGGAUCCCACCUUUCCAACAAGUCAGUUCGUCAAAUUUCUGCCCUGCUAGAGCUGCCCCUGUCAACUGUAAGUGCUGUUAUUGUAAAGUGGAAACGUCUAGGAGUAACAACGGCUCAGCUGCGAAGUGGUAGGCCACACAAGCUCACAGAACGGGACCGGCGAGUGCUGAAGCGCAUAGUGCGUAAAAAUCGUCUGUCUUCGGUUGCAACACUCACUACCGAGUUCCAAACUGCCUCUGGAAGCAACGUCAGCACAAUAACUGUUAGUCGGGAGCUUCAUGAAUUAGGUUUCCAUGGCAGAGCCUAAGAUCACCAUGCGCUAUGCCAAGCGUUGGCUGGAGUGGUGUAAAGCUCGCCGUCAUUGGACUCUGGAGCAGUGGAAACGCGUUCUCUGGAGUGAUGAAUCAUGCUUCACCAUCUGGCAGUCCGACAGACGUAUCUGGGUUUGGCAGAUGCAAGGAGAACGCUAUCUGCCUGAAUGCAUAGUGCCAACUGUAAAGUUUGGUAGAGUAGGAAUAAUGGUCUGGGGCUGUUUUACAUGGUUCGGGCUAGGCCCCUUUGUUCCAGUAAAGGUCAAUCUUAACGCUACAGCAUACAAUGACCUUCUAGACGAUUCUGUGCUUCCAACUUUGUGGCAACAGUUUGGGGAAGGCCCUUUCCGGUCUCAGCAUGACAAUGUCCCCAUGCACAAAGCGAGGUCCAUACAGAAAUGGUUCGUUGAGAUUGGUGUGGAAUAACUUGACUGGCCUGCACAGAGCCCUGACCUCAACCGCAUCGAACACCUUUGGGAUGAAUUGGACUACCCUCUGUAGCGUCUUGCGGUUGGAUGCCAAGCAGUUGCCAUACGAAGCGGUGAUGCAGCAACUGUAUCACUUUUUGAGGAUUUGAGGGCCCAUGCCAAAUCUUUUCAGCCUCCUUGGGUUAACCAAACCCAACUCUAACCCUAACCUCAACAGUGAUGAUGGCAGUUUUCUGAAGCGAAACAAGUCAUCUCUCUCCCCUUAGCCCCUUCCUAUUUUUCCUCUCUCAUCACCACCCCUAAAUGGUUCUGCUUUUCUUAGGUAGUUGUGUGCAUGCAUGCAUGCAUCUGUCCAUCAUGUGACUUUGCCUUCCUGUUUCAGAUGCCUAUGAGACAGCCAAGAUGCUGUGUGAACAGUACUACCUUGCUGCCCCUGCACUCCAGAUCCAAGAGUUCAACAGUAAGACAUCUUCCCUGUUUUACGACAUCUCUGAUCCCCCUCCAUGUUGUCUAAUGUACAGUAAACACACACAGAAACUCUUUACCUUUCUUCACUCUCUGAUAUCUUUGAUCUCGAUCUGCUGUCUAAACACAUACGCUUUAUCUUUGUGGUUUCUUAACAUCUCUGAUCCCUCUCUGUGUGAGAGAUAAAGGAGCUCCACCUUUAAAGAGACGUGUUGUGUGUUGUAACCACAGGACUGCUUCUAUUUAGAGACGGUGGUUGCAGAGGCCAGAUUUUGUCCUGCUGUGAUUAAAAUGCAGAGAGUGCAUCUCACUAACUCCAGCCGUGUGUGUGUGUGUGUGUGUGUGUGUGUGUGUGUGUGUGUGAGAUGUCUUAUUUUCUCUCCCUGUGUCCCAGUGAAACAAGACAAAGACAAGUCGAUCCAGGCUGUGUAUGUUCCCUCUCACCUCUUCCACAUGCUGUUUGAACUCUUCAAGGUGUGACGCACACGCACGCAAAUACACAUACACAAUGCACGAUCAUCAUCAUACUAAUAAAACUGACCGUUGUGUGUAGAACUCUAUGCGGGCCACCGUGGAGCUCCAUGAGGACAGUAAGGAGGGCUUACCUCCGGUGAAGGCCAAAGUCACACUGGGAAAAGAGGACCUGUCCAUAAAGGUAACACACACACCUGCCAAUACUAAGACAUGCCAUCUUUGAGUGGGAUGUAUGAUAAAUGCUUCAUAAAUUGUUAUAUUUACUAUCAUCUUUUACCCAUUGUGUCAAAUGUACAGUAGUGACAUAUCCUCUUUCUCUUCCUUUCCUCUCUCUUUUAUCUAUCUCUGUCAGAUCAGUGAUAGGGGUGGAGGUGUACCUCUGAGGAAGAUCGAUCGUCUGUUUAACUACAUGUACUCUACUGCCCCCACGCCCAGCCUAGAACCCUCCAGCACUGUUCCACUGGUACACACACACAUACGCAUUGUUCCCCAUAUUUCUCAGGUUUUCUGACUCAUCAUUCUGAAGCCAGUAAUAGAUGCCAGUGUUUUUAUGCAGUGAUUGUAAACAACUACUUCUGAGAAGUGGUUGCCCUUAUACCACACUCUCCCCCUCUUGUCUGCUAUCUCUUUCUCCACGCUUUCUCUUCCUCCUCCCUCCGUCCCUCCAGGCAGGUUUUGGCUAUGGUCUGCCCAUCUCCAGGUUAUAUGCCAGGUAUUUUCAGGGAGACCUGAAGCUCUACUCCAUGGAAGGGGUGGGCACUGAUGCUGUCAUUUAUCUCAAGGUAGGAGGGGCUUUUCUCACACCACUAAUCAUUUUGAUGUUACUCUGUGAUUUUCAGGCUCUGAUAUACCUCUGCUCUGUAAUACUAUUCACUAUCAACAUUUAUAGCAACAUCACUCCAUCCCUUUUCAUUGGUUCCUCUUUUGUCCCGCCCCCAAUCCAGGCUCUGUCCAGUGAGUCGUUCGAGCGCCUGCCCGUCUUUAAUAAGUCGGCAUGGCGACACUACCAGACCAGCCCUGAGGCAGACGAUUGGAGCAACCCAAGCAAAGAGCCACGAGACACCAGCAAAUCAAAUUACAAGGCCAACCGAUAACUCUGCCCUAAAACUCUUCCCCCGCCCACCUGCCUGGCACACUGAACUCUGCCCCUUCAAUGAUCCCCUCGCUACCAAAAUCAUAAUGGGUUGAACUUCAGCUGCCGCUGCCACACAACUCCCUCUGCAGUCAUUGAUGUUGUCCCAGGGUGGACUUUAGAACAGGAUUUUAGCCCCACCCCCUGACUCCUCUGAUUGGUUAUUUGGUCAGUUGUUCCUCUUCACAAUCUGUUCUAAGUGGGACUGCAGCGAUCAGAUUGGACAGACAGUCAGUUUGAGAUGGAUGAGGUUGAGUUCAGUCACUCUUUCCUUCUAUCUCCUAUAUUCAGCUUUACUGACCACAGCACCCCUUGUGGUUCUCUCCAGCCACUGCAGCUAGAGGCUCGGUCUUUGUGCUGGGAAAGGUAUCUGUUCUGCUCUCUCUGUGUCCACGGUUUGUUCAGUCAAACAUAAUAGAACCUCUGUUUCGCUCUUCUCUCCCCUACAAAGCAGCAGGCUGUGACAGGCUGAGGAUUUGGGUUUCAGACCCGACAGAGAAAAGGACCUCCUUUUUUCCCUUGAGGACACAGUUUUGAAUGGGCACUAAUCUCGUCCACCAGCCGAACUCUCUGUCGAACCGUCUGGUCUCACAGCGCCUCAGAAUGGAACUUGAAUGGGAGACUAUGGCAGGAGCGGCGAAAACAGCCGUCUGUUUUAAUUGGCUGAUCUCUGUCC